AUGCAGAACUGCUCCCAGGCCCUGCUGCUGCUGCUGGCUGCUUGCACCCUGCCUGCCCACUGCUUGGAGCCCAGCUGCCCGCACUCCUCCGAGCUGCUGCCCGUCCGGCUGCGGGAGCUGAGGGUGAAGUUUGAGGAAAUCAAGGACUAUUUUCAAUCCAGAGACGAUGAACUUAACAUCCAACUGCUCAGCUCUGAACUGCUGGAUGAAUUUAAGGGGAACUUUGGCUGCCAGUCAGUGUCAGAGAUGCUGCGCUUCUACACAGAUGAGGUUCUGCCCCGUGCCAUGCAGACCAGCACCAGCCACCAGCAUAGCAUGGGCGACCUGAGCAGCAUGCUGCUGAACCUGAGGACGACGAUGAGGCGCUGUCACCGCUUCUUCACCUGCGAGAAGAGGAGCAAAGCCAUCAAGCAGAUCAAGGAGACGUUCGAGAAGAUGGAUGAGAACGGGAUCUACAAAGCCAUGGGGGAGUUCGACAUCUUCAUCAACUACAUCGAGGAGUACCUGCUGAUGAGGAGGAGGAAGUGA